GUUUUGGAACUGAUGGAUACGUUGAACUUUUUGUAUCAAAAUCCGCUGCCAAACUGGAUAGACUUUUACUUGCAGCCUAAGAAGUUGGUCCCUCAUGUGCUCCAAAAGGAUGCAAUUCCGAGUGACAGCGAUCUUAUUUGUGAGUUCUGUGAGAAAGCAGAUCAAGAAAAGGCAAAUUCGGCCGUGCAGGAACUGCUGAAAGGACUGCUGUUGACAAGGCGGUUGCUAGAAGAACUGCUGUUGCUGACAUGGCACAAGCAAAACUUCCAAGAAGUACUGACGGAAGGUAAAGUAGCCGAUUCAUUGGAACCAACGCAGCGUUUCGCAGCACUUCUACUGGCCCGCUGGAUAUUGCAUACCGUCGUAUGCGAGUCGUUUCCUCAACCGCCACCGAAGCUGACCGUGUCUAACCCAUCCGCUCAAAUCGACCCAAGUCAGGUGAUGUCAGAAGCAAGGACAGCCACGUUACGUGAGAUCGGUCCACUUUGCUCGGAAUCCGUUGAACUUCUUGAACACGUCUCUCAGUCAGAAAGCAAGCUCCACAAUGUCGCGGUCGUUGUCGAGGAAUGCUUUGAAUUUCCUGACGAUGGUUCUGAAAUGGUGUAUUUUAACGGUAACCGCAGCACAUCUCUAUCCGCAGAAGACCUUCGACUUCAAAUUUGCUAUGACCUCGGCGCUUACUAUUUCUGCAUCAACGAAUGUGAUCGUUGCCAAGUACUUUUCCGCACAUUUCCGAUUCCGUUGACCAAAGUAAUACAAACUGACUGCGUUCGAUUGCAUGCCGAACAUUACACGAUGAACGAGGCUGAGAUUAAUGGUUACCAGGCUGCGUUAGGAAUCGGGCCUGGCCAAGAGCUGAUCGUCGAAUCUUUCGAUGACUUGAACUUCCGUCAGAUCACGGAUUCCAUACUCAAUGAUAAGGUUGACGGCAAACUUACUUUACAAGGAUAUCAGUGCCAAAAAGGUGUCGCUGACGAAGAGAUACUGCCUCGAGCAGGCUGCAUUGGAGUCCAGGCCCUGCAAAUAAUUCGUAGCACGUGCAUGCCUCAGGAAUGGGAGCUGAUCAUCGCCAAUUUAAGACGGGAAUGUAAAAUUUCUAGCCAUGAUGACCUGUUCAAGUGUCUCCUCGACUGGAAUGUGCCGUCGAGUUCGCUAUCAGAAAAAGGUGGCACACGGGAUGACGUUGCAACAGCUAUUUCUUCGAUUGAGAGCAUCGAAGACAUUGAACCAGCUUUCACAAAGAACUGGGAUAUCAGUUGGCAGAUAAUGAAAAGUUUCGAUCCAGAAGAGUUGAAAUCGCUUGUCCUACGGUUCGCGAAAUACCGUCUUUCACAGCAUUAUACUGUGCCGCUGACCAUGCAAGAUACGUUGAUGCGCCUCCCACGAGGGGUUUAUCACGACGUUGUGGAACUUGCUUGUUGUAAAGUUCAACAGUUGGCGAAUCUUGGCUGUAUGGAAUCCGCCAGCCGGAUGAUGGAUUUCUGUGUGAAAGAGAUUCAGCCUGUGAUUGGUGAAGUCUCGCUUGACGUGCGUUUCGAGCAAAUGCGUUUCGAGCUUGUGCGAUGGCACGAAUUGUUGCGGCGAAGCGGCGACCUUGAGGCGCUGAGUACGCUAACGCAGGAAUUGGCGUUGAAAGUAAAGUCGUACAUAUCAGAGUGCAAAAAAAUGCCAGAUGUAGAUCCGAACAGCGAGAUGAGUUUGCUCGUUUCCUGCUUCCUGUUGAAUACUUGCGACUGGGAGUAUAUAAUCAAGAAGUGUAACGACUUUCGUAGCCGUUUUAUGGAUUUUGCCAAGGUGCUGGCAGCCGUUUGCUAUAACUUCACCUGUUCGAACAAGGACGUACAAUCUGUUGGUUAUGAGUUUUUUCACAUCAUCACGCCGACGCUGCUUAGCGCUGGUCAAAUCAAACGCACCGCCUCCGGAGCCCAACAACUGGUCGUUCGCGAGGGCAGCGCCCAUCUGCUCAGUAAAGAACAAUUGACUCCGAUGCUGAAGCUAAUCAAGGAGCAAACGUCUAUAACGAUUUUACUGUCAUUCUUCGCCAAGUUGUAUAACUGUCGUCAAAGCGGUGCGUCGGAAAUAUAUUCUGAACGAAAUUCUUUGUGGCCAAGUACAUUCGCAGACGCUCAGAAUAUACCCGAGGAUUACCUGAAAGAGGUGAUGACCGCCUGUCUUGAAAACGCGUUCCUCGUCAAUGCUACCAACACGGCGUGGCUGAGAACGAUGGCCGAAUUCAGAUUCGUGUGCGGUGACUUCAGUUCUGCGAUGCAGUACUACAUGCAGUGCUUGGCUGCGCACACCGAUUACUUUUCAAGGCCACCUUCGGACAGCUUGUUGGACACAAAGAUGGUGUCGAACAUGAUCAAAUGUUGCAACUCAUUGCGGCUGUUCACGGUCGUCGCCCUGCUCUGUCAACUGUACACGCCGACUGAUUAUGGACAGGCCGUGACUGCAAUUCAAAAGGAGAUCGUCCAUGAUGGCAGUGACAUAUGGUAUCCGUUCAUCUGGGAUGUGACGCUUCUUGAAUUUCUAAUGAGUAAGUAUAAGUCGACCAGUCAGUCUUGUACGUAUUAA